UCUGAUACUAUUUUGAGAAGGAAUUAAAUCAUCUCAGUGUCAUGGGCUUGCUGUGGGCUCCAAGGACUAGCUUUGACUGUGACUUCUCCCCAGGGGUUCCUGUUAAUCUCCCCUGAGACCCACCUGCUUCCUGAAUCAGGACUCUGAAGUCUUCCGUAGUGUGUCUUCAGCCAGCACACAGACACAGAGAGACAGAAUGACAAGUGGGGAAGAGAGCACCGAGCCACCAUAGCUGCCAUGCAGGUGACCCCAAGCCCCAGGACACUGCUUUUCUACAGGAUGAAGCCAACCUCUUCCUUCCUCCUCAUCCUCAUCCCCCUUCUCCAGUUGAUAAUUCCAGGGACUUCUCAGAAUUCUUUGGAUUCUAUAGUGGAUAGAAAGAUUGCAGCAGCUAUCCGUGGUCUAGAGUCCAAAAUUCCCCGUCCAAAAAGGAUCUCAUGUAUCAGUGUCACGAACUCAGGCAAACUGUCUACCUGCCCCACAGGAACAGUUGCCACCAGCUGUGCUUGUGGCUAUGGCUGCGGCUCCUGGGAUAUCCGCCAUCACGGCACCACAUGCCACUGCCAGUGCAAUGGGAUGGACUGGACCUCCGCCCGCUGCUGUCAUCUGGUCUGAGGGGCGAUUGAGAACCCAGCUGUGGGACCUUGAUGGCCAGGAAGCCUGACUCAACUGCUCCUGUCAUUGAUCACAGCCCUGCUCCUUCGGUAAUAAAGACAAUUUUG